AUUUGUUCGUGCUGUUGUAUCCACGCGGGUCGAUUGUCUGUGAUUGAAUUAAUGGCCAACAGAGCAUUAAAACACAUUCAUGGCACGACCGUUCGUAGGUACAGCAGUGCUCCAAAAAUACCGCGUUGUGACUUUAAACCGAAUUUAUACAAAGGCCCUGUAUUUCAAAAGACUGACAAAAUAAAAUCCGAAAGCGUGCCGCCUAUAUUGAGCAAUUUUUAUAAAAACCCAGUUUUAGUGCACCAAGGACAUAUGCAAUGGCUGUAUGACCAUGAAGGGAAACGAUAUCUGGAUCUAUUUGCGGGGAUCGUUACAGUCUCCGUGGGACAUUGCCAUCCAAAAGUGGUUACUGCGAUGCAAGAACAAAUCAACACAUUAUGGCAUACAACUAGCAUUUAUCGCAAUCCAAAAUUCUAUGAAUAUGUAGAGAAAUUGGUAUCAAAGUUCCCGGGCGAUUUAAAGGUGGUGUAUCUUGUAAAUAGUGGUACAGAGGCAAACGACUUGGCGACAAUGCUCGCCAAAGCCUAUACGGGCAAUAAUGACAUUAUAUCACUGCAAAGCAGUUACCACGGAUACUCUAGCUCCAUGGUUGGACUUACAGGCACACAAUGCUACAGGCUCCCAGUGCCGGCACCACCUGGUUAUCAUCACGCGAUGUUACCAGACCCUUACAGAGGAAUCUGGGGCGGAUGCAGGGACUCUCUAUCACAAGUGCCCGGAUCCUGUACUUGUCAAGGAGACUGUAUCACUUCCGAUAAAUAUGUUCACCAGCUGAAUGAGCUAAUAUCACAUUCGAUACCAACGAAGGGAGUAGCGGCAAUAUUCGCAGAGUCCAUUCAGGGUGUGAAUGGUACGGUUCAGUUUCCAAAGGGUUAUUUACGGAAAGCUCAACAGUUGGUGAAGGAGCAUGGGGGACUAUAUGUUGCUGAUGAAGUUCAAUCUGGAUUUGGCCGGACAGGCGAUGCAUUUUGGGGUUUUGAAACUCACGGGGUAGUCCCCGAUAUCGUAACUAUGGCUAAAGGUAUCGGCAAUGGUUUCCCAAUGGCUGCUGUGGUGACUACCAAGGAAAUCGCUGCAGUACACACCAGAGGCAACUACUUUAACACCUUCGGUGGCAAUCCAUUGGCAUCUACUGCUGGCAAAGCUGUUUUGGAGGUAAUCGAAGAAGAAAAUCUUCAAAAUAACUGCAGAGUUGUUGGUAAAUAUUUCAUUGAACAAUUGAUGGAAUUGCAAAAAGUGCACCCAGUCAUUGGGGAUGUCAGAGGCAAAGGUUUGAUGUUGGGCGUUGAAUUUGUGAAGCCCGGCACCAAGGAGCCUUUGGAUGCAUCAGCGGUGUCCGAUAUACAUGAAACAACGAAAGACCUUGGAGUAUUAAUUGGGAGAGGAGGAAGAUAUGGCAACGUAUUGCGGAUCAAGCCUCCGAUGUGUAUUAAUAAACAAGAUUUUACAUCUAAAGUCGUGAAAUGUGAAAAAACCAAUGAACCUAUAAUAGAAUAUGGAAAGACAUUGAGUUUUGAAGGCUAUCAGGUCACUUUGGAGAAUACAAUUUUAUUCCCAGCUGGUGGUGGACAGCCCCAUGACAUUGGCUGGUUGAAUGAGAAGGAAGUGCUCCAAGUGCUGAGGAAAGGAGAUGAAGCGUUACACUUCCUUAAUGAACCAUUGGAUGUUGGGACCGAAGUCACACAGAGAAUCAACUGGGACAGACGGUUUGAUCAUAUGCAGCAACAUUCUGGACAGCAUCUACUGUCAGCCAUUUUGGAGAAAGAACACAACUUGCCAACUACAAGCUGGUGGCUUGGUGCUGAUGAAUGCCAUGUGGAGCUCGGUUCUAAUGUCAGCGAUGCUGCUGUACAAGCCACUGAGGACAGGUGCAAUGAGCUGAUACGAGCAGCUGUGCCAGUUAAGGUGAAAUUCUGCAAGGCCAGUGAUCCUGAUAUAAAUGAGGCUCAUACAAGAGGAUUGCCUAAAGACUGUAUGGAAACAAUUAGGAUUAUUUGCAUUGGCGACGUUGAUGAGAAUAUGUGUUGUGGCACCCACGUCUCUAACCUAAGUCAAUUGCAAAUGAUAAAAUUCCUCGGCACCGAACCUGGGAAGAAAGGCAAAACUAAUUUGAAAUUUGUAGUUGGCAAUAGAGUGACUAAGUUCUUCCAACGUAUGAUGGAUAGAGAGAAAUCGUUGACGGCACUAUUAAAAAACGAACCAAACAAACAUGAGGAACUAAUACAAAAACUUCAAAAGAAACUCAAACUGACCAAUAAAAAUUUACAAAACGUUUUAUCCGAACUGGUGCAAUAUGAAGUGGAUAAAAUAAAAAGCAGUGAGCCCAAACCUAAAUAUGUGUGCCUGUUUAAAAAGGAGGCGACGCCUGACUUCAAUAGGACCAUAUGCAAGAGUUUAGAGGAUGAGGGGCUGUUCCUAUUCCUGGUUUCCGAGGAACCAGAGAAACCAAAAGAAGGUCAAAUAAUUAUCCAAGGUCCAGAAGAGUAUUGUAACGCUUUGGGACAACAAAUAAUUGAACUCCUAAAAGGAAAAGGAACAUUCAAACAUGGAAAGUUUCAAGGAAAAGCUGGAGAUCUAGGUGCAAUAAAUAAAUGUAAAAAACUGAUAGAAUUUUAUUUUAAUAGUUUGUCAUAAAUUAAAAAUUUACCAGUAAAUUUUGUAAAUAAUAAACAAAACUAAAGGUCAAUCAUUCAUUCAUUUAAUCAUGAUCAUACAUGAAUGAAUGAAUGAAUGAAUGA